AUGGCAACCAAGCCUUCUGUUGUCGUCUUCCCAGGCGCCUUCCACCCAGCAUCAUGCAUGGACGCUUUUGUCGCAAGCCUCCGAGCGGCCGGGUUUCCGGCAGAGGCCCACACCCUCCGGAGUGUAGGAAACCCAGAGAUGGUGGUUGCAGAUGAUGAAGCGUACAUGCGGUCCGUGAUGAAUCCCCUGAUCGACGCUGGCAAAGAUGUCCUGCUCAUAGUUCACUCCUUUGCUGGCUUCCCGGGAUGUUCAGCCAUUUCUGGAAUCGACAAGCGAGGUAGGGAGGCUGGAGGGCAAAAGGGCGGUGUCUUGGGAGUGAUUUACCUUGCGGCGUUUGUUCCUUUGGAAGGUGACUCUGUGUAUAAGCUGCUACAAAAUAACUGGGAACCGUGGAUGGACGUCAAUGAACAGGAACAACUAAUCGGCACCAAGGACCAAGCCAACACCUUUUUCAACGACUGCACGUCCGAGCAGGCAACCGCCACAACUAUGACUCUCAAAGCUCACUCCAUGAAAGCCUUGAAAGGUGACCACGCCAGCCCAAAGAACAUUGGCUGGCGCGAGGCCGGUUACAACGGACGACGUGCAUACAUCCGUUGCACAAAGGACAACGCACUCCCUCUCCCCGGCCAGAUAAUGUUCACGGAACGAACCGGCGUAGAAUGGGUCAUCAGGACGCUUGAGGCGUCUCACAGUCCAUUUUUGUCCAUGCCUGAUGCCACGGCCAAAGUUGUUGAGGAGCUUGCGUCCCAAUUCCUUGCAGCUUGA